CGCGCCAUCCCAUCGCAACGCACGCACAAUUCACAGCAACACAAGCAGAAGCACAGUAGAACGCCUAGGAAAUACUACGUCGAUGGCGAGGUGGGCCAUUGCGAUCCACGGCGGCGCCGGGGUGGACCCGAACCUGCCGGAGCACAGGCAGGAGGAGGCGAAGCGCGUGCUGGCGCGGUGCCUGCAGGUGGGCGUGGACGCGCUGCGCUCCGGCGCGGCGGCGCUGGACGUCGUGGAGGCCGUGGUGCGGGAGCUGGAGAGCGACCCCUUCUUCAACUCCGGGAGGGGCUCCGCGCUCACCCGCCUCGGCACCGUCGAGAUGGAGGCCAGCAUCAUGGACGGCCGCGGCCGCCGCUGCGGCGCCGUCUCCGGCGUCUCCACCGUCAAGAACCCCGUCUCCCUCGCCCGCCUCGUCAUGGACAAGUCCCCCCACUCCUACCUCGCCUUCGACGGCGCCGAGCAGUUCGCGCGCGACCAGGGUCUAGAGGUCGUCGACAACAGCUACUUCAUCACCGAGGACAACGUCGGCAUGCUGAAGCUCGCCAAGGAGGCCAACAGCAUCUUGUUUGACUACCGUAUCCCGCUGUCCGGGUCGGAGACGUGCGGCGCACAGGCCGUGUCGUCGGACAACAGCCACGGCAACGGCAUGGUGAUGAACGGCCUCCCCAUCAGCAUCUACGCGCCAGAGACGGUGGGGUGCGCGGUGGUGGACUCCAGCGGCCACACCGCGGCGGCCACGUCCACGGGCGGGCUGAUGAAUAAGAUGACGGGGCGCAUCGGCGACUCGCCGCUGAUCGGGUCGGGGACCUACGCGUGCGGCGCGUGCGCGGUGUCGUGCACGGGGGAAGGCGAGGCCAUCAUCCGCUCCACGCUCGCGCGCGACGUCGCCGCCGUGAUGGAGUACAGGGGCGCCGGGCUGCAGGAGGCCGUCGACUACUGCGUCAAGAAGCGGCUCGACGAAGGGUUCGCGGGGCUCAUCGCCGUGUCCAGCACGGGCGAGGUGGCGUACGGGUUCAACUGCACCGGCAUGUUCAGAGGGUGCGCCACCGAGGACGGAUUCAUGGAGGUCGGCAUCUGGGAGUGAGGUGGGCAGCCUUUGUGCGUGCGUGCGUGGGCCUGUGGCCAUCAUGCGAUUGCCAUAGAGUGGUGUCUUGGGGUCAUGGGCCGCCUCCCGUGUGUUCGUGGGCUAGAAUUAGUGGGUAUUAAUUAGUGGAUUGGGGAGAUUGGAGGUGGGCUUGAAUAAUGACGAUGAUGGCGAUAAUUCGUCUGGAAAUAAUAAUGUGAAAAGUUAUAUUGCUACCGAGGUGUGA